UUGUUUUGAAAUUUCUCCAUAAUCAUUCCUAAUGUUGUGGAGUUCGCGGAUCUGUGGGGAAAGAGCGCUGCUGCUGCUGCUGCUGCUGCGGGUCCUGGUGUGGAGCUGCUGUUGGGACUGACCGACUUAAAGCGGAAAAGCUGCUGAAAUGAGUUUCCUUGGCGGUUUGUUUGGGCCUAUCUGUGAGAUUGAUGUCAUACUAAAUGAUGCUGAGAGUAGAAAGACAGCAGAGCUGAAAACAGAAGAUGGAAAAGUGGAAAAACAUUACUUAUUUUAUGAUGGAGAGUCUGUGUCAGGAAAGGUUAAUCUGAAUGUGAAACAGACCAGCAAGCGGCUUGAACAUCAGGGAAUUCGAAUAGAGUUUGUUGGACAGAUCGAACUCUUCAGUGAUAAAAGCAACACACAUGAAUUUGUAAACCUUGUAAAGGAGCUUGCUCUUCCUGGAGAGUUGACCCAGAAUCGCAGCUAUGACUUUGAAUUCAUGCAAGUGGAGAAGCCAUACGAGUCCUAUGUUGGAGCUAAUGUGCGACUGAGGUAUUUCCUCAAAGUAACAAUAGUGCGAAGGCUGUCUGAUUUGGUAAAAGAGUACGACAUCAUUGUCCAUCAGCUUGCUACCUACCCUGAUGUCAACAAUUCCAUCAAAAUGGAGGUGGGCAUUGAAGACUGCCUACAUAUAGAGUUUGAGUACAACAAGUCCAAAUACCACCUAAAAGAUGUAAUUGUUGGUAAAAUCUACUUUCUGCUGGUUCGAAUCAAAAUUCAACACAUGGAGCUUCAGCUGAUCAAGAAAGAAAUGACAGGAAUUGGGCCAAGUACAACUACGGAGACUGAAACCGUCGCCAAAUAUGAGAUUAUGGAUGGAGCGCCAGUGAAGGGUGAGUCCAUUCCCAUACGCCUGUUCCUCGCUGGCUAUGACCUCACAGCUACAAUGAGAGAUGUAAACAAGAAGUUCUCAGUGAGGUACUUUCUAAAUCUGGUCCUGGUGGAUGAAGAGGAUAGGAGGUACUUCAAACAGCAGGAGAUUGUUUUGUGGCGAAAAGCCCCAGAGAAAAUGCGAAAACGCAAUUUCCACCAGCGCUACGAGUCGCCAGAGCCACGGCCGAGCCUCUCCGCCGAGCAGCCAGAAAUGUGAGGAGGGAGGGGUCCAGGAACAGCCAGCCAGGGACACAUUUCUUCAGUAGCCAAUUGCAGGAGAGGAGAGCAACUCCCACCAAACAUUCACACCACCACUCGUCACAGCUUGCGGUGAUGAGCUGUGUCCUUCGCCUGCCUUCGCUGUGUCCACUCCGCCGUCCACAGCAAGCAAUUCGUUAGCAUACAAGGACUUCUUCCACACUAUAGAAAGCACUGGAACUGAAGCUACUAUCUUAUUCUUAUAGUACAGUUUGGGGCUUGCACCCUUCUAUAGAUGAAGAUUUUUUUGUUUGUUUUUCCCUUUUUUUAAAGCACUUGCUAGUUAUCCUGAAGCUCCAGAUAAAUAAGAGGCAGCCAGGAAUCUAAAAGAUACACUUCACUUCAGAGAGCGUUCUAGUGCAUGCUGGUUGGUUGGAUUGAAUCUGGUUACAAACAGCUAUGUAGGCUAUCGGGACUCAAAGGUCAAGAAAUGCAAUGUGUUCCGUGUGUAUCCGGGCCAGAGUGCCAUACUGUUUUUGCAAUCGCUUUUAAGAUGUAAAAGAUUUCUAUUUAACUUAUUUAGUGUCAAAUCUUUAGGUCUUUCUUGCGGAUUUCUCCUCAUUGUAAGUACAUUUUGGACAAACAGAUUAUAUAUAUAAAUAUAUUAUCAAGAUAUUCAAUGUUUUGCAUGAGGCUUUGGAUUUGAAACUUUACAAAAUUACCUAAAAAUUAUGUUUUACAAUGGUUACAUGUGAGCGACUUACAGCCCGUGGGUUUAGCUGAUAAUGGAGUAGCUCACGUCAAUAUUCUUAUUUUUGUUCUCUUAACGUGUUGAGAUUUCUCUCAACCUUGCUGCAGAGCUAAAUGUAGGCUGCACUGCUUUCACUUUUAGAGUAGUAACAUUCUUCUUCUGUUUCUGAAAACCAUAUGCAGGCAUUUCCUCUCCUUGUUUAAGUGUUCAAGUGCCCAUAUGGUUCUGAUUAAAUUAUGCCAAGUUAUAUCCCAUGCAUGACAGCCUGGUUAAUGGUUUUGGUACACAGAACAGCGUUCCUUUCCAUUUUCAUGUUGCUGAUGUGCAUAAAGUUCUCUACAGGAUGGUGAGAAUCUACAUUCCUUUGGAUGUUGAAUUACCAGCAUACAGGCCAUUAUGGUUAUGAUAUGAACGACGCUAAUCUUUUUAAACUCUACGACACUACUACAGGUGAGGCUGUUCUCCAGCCUUAAGUGCUGUCACUGUAAUGCAUUGGGAAUAUUUGCUACAUGGAUGUGCAGCCAUGUAAAGUUAUUUGUGGAAAAAAAUGUACAUAUCCAGCCUCAACCUGUUAUCUGUUAAUCUGUCAAAUAAAAAUGCAAGUUUAUACUGGUAAA